AUGUCCAUCGCCCAGGCGGCGGCCAAGGCCAUGCUAUCUGAUGCCCUGCUGCAGGAUGGCUCCGGGAUAAACCGGAUCAACCACCUGGAGCUCGAGCUUCCUCUGGACAAGGUCAUCAAAUUUGUGUCCGUCGGCCUUCCGCUAAUGUUGGUGUGCAUGGCCUUCGCCCGCGAGAUUUCCCUGGGUGAGCCACUCUCUUUUGUGUCCUCUGUAAUUUUUUCUGCUCUGUUUCCCUGCCUCCCUUCAGACCCACUGAGCAUGGACAGCCUCCAGUCGCUGUCGUCGGACUCAGCCACCCUGGCCAUGCAGCAAGCCAUGCUGGGAGCGGACGACUCCAUGGACGGUAGCUCAGUGUGGAAAGCCUUUUACUUCACACAAAACUUCUAUCCAGAGAACGAGACGGUCUGUUUCCACACUCAUGUCUGCUUCUGCACGCCGGACUAUGUGACCUACCACAAUCCUCCACUGCUCUUUGAUCUCUCGAGGGACCCAUCAGAGACCACACCGCUGACUCCUGACACCGAGCCGGCCUUUUACUCCAUCCUUGCUGUGAUGGAGGAGGCCAGGGAGAGGCAUCAGAGGUCAGUAAAGCCUGUGGAGAGCCAGAUGUCUGCAUGGAACAUGUUCCCUUACUCUCUCCUGGCCAUGGCAGUGUUGAUGUACCUGCCGGCUCUGAUCUGGCGCCAGCUCGUCAUGCCCUCGCUGGGCUCAGACCUGCUCUUCAUAAUCGACGAACUGGACAAGUCGUACAACCGCUCGAUCCGACUGGCCCAGAGCAUUCUGGAUAUGCGCCAGAACACUAAGAACCCUCUCACAUUUCAGGCCGAACUGCAAAGGGCCAAGAAGAAGCGAUACUUUGAGUACCCUCUGCUGGAGAGAUACAUGAAGUGCAAACAAAACUCCUACUUCCUUGUUAGCAUGCUUUUCUUGCGGGGGUUCCUCCUCCUGACCUUCAUGACUGCUGCCUGCCUCUACCUGGCCUACUUCCACCUCUCUGCCUUCCUGCAGGACGAGUUCAGCUGCUUUGUCCGCACGGGCAUGCUGCGCGAUCAGAACUGGGUUCCUGAACUGGUACAGUGUAAAAUGAUUGGCCAGUUGGUUUUUCAGGUGAUAAGCGUGGCCAACGGUGCCAUCUACAUCCUGCUGGCUCCUAUAGUCCUCUUCAGCCUGAUCCGGCUCUUUGUUUGGGACACCACCUUCAUCUCUGUCUACGAGGUCCUCCCGGCACUGGAUGUUAUCAACCACCAUAAGCUAAGCUGCCCGCUGAAUGACCUCAACGUCCUCCUGCUCUUCCUGCGUGCCAACGUAGCGCACCUGAAGUCUUAUGGGCAGGUGAGGGCGUUGUGCUCACUGGCGCCACCACAGGUGGGCAACACCACCGCAGGGCAGGGCUUAAGUACAAUGCUGACCCAAGAGGAGAUUGAAGAGCGGGAAGAGGCUGCCAUGGAGUUGUCAGAGGAGGUGGAGGAGGCCAAGGAGGAAGGAAAGCUCAGCCUGGUGGAUAUCAUGACUAUUCUGGGAGCGGCACAGGGAAGAGUAGUAAACUGCAGUGAGAAGAGGCCUCUUGUGGAGGAGAAUAUGAGUCUUGAGCCAAACCACCAGGGGUACCAUGAGUUGAAGGAGACUCCACCAUUUAGUCAUUACUAG